AUGUUCAAGCAGCGAUCUCACGACACCCAUUACAACACCCACUUGCCUCUCAUCACCGGUAAUCCUGGCCAGUACACCACUGCACUUCUGGGAUCCAGUCUCAUGGAGCGCUUCAAGACUACUGGCGCCCAGCUCAGCAUCAACCAGAACCCGCAGAUUCUCAACCUUGGCGUUAGUGGCGACAAGAUCCAGAAUGUGCAGUAUCGCAUCAAUCAAGGCCUCGUCGACGCCCUCAAGGAGCACCAGCAGAUCAAGCUCAUCUAUGUUCAAAUGGGCGGCAAUAACCUGGUAAAGAAUGGGCUUCGCAAGGAGGAUGUGGAGGGCUAUGCGGAACUGAUCAAGGGACUGCGCGCUGAGCUUCCGGAUGCUACGAUUGUAAUCACAGCCUUGUUUGUGCAGCGCGGACUCGAGUUAAGAGUCAUUGAGCAGGCUAACAAUAGCCUGCGAGGAAUCGCUGCUGAGAAUGGCUGUGAGUUCUUACCUUUCGGCGAUCAGCGAGGUAUGAUGGGCAGGGACAAGGUGCAUCCUAACCUCGCUGGGUACACCAAGUGGAACGAGAUCCUGGAGAAUGACAUGAAGUCUCGAUAG